AUGGGGAAGUCGUUAUGGAGUCCCAGCAGAUGGGAGGAAUGGGCGGAGAAGAGAGCGAGAGCAAUAUGGACCAACAUGCAGACGAACAAUUUGUGGCAGCGAAUGCUGAAAAACACUCUGGCGACUACAAUCUGUAUUAUUCUUGCAAUUAUCCCGCAGGUAGUAGCGGUAUAUGGGAAAGCCGCAUACCUUGCGCCAAUAACCACUGUCUUUGGCCAUCCAGGAAGACGCUUCGGAAUGAUGGCUGAAGCUCUGAUACUGGCUCUUUCAGGAACAAUGCUUGGAGUGGCUUGGUCUAUGCUCGCGCUAUACUUGUCGAGUCUCAUAUAUGACAGUAAUCCCCAAGCAGCAUUCACUAUUCGAGGCAUAUUUCUUGCUAUAGCGCUGCUCUUUCAUGGAGUCCUACGGUCACACACACCACGCCUAUUUCUCAUGGUGCUACUCCUAGUUAUAGUGUGCGUCGUGAGUAUGACUAGUACAGCCACGGCAGUCACAACGCUCUCAGUCACCCAGCUUGUUUACCCAAUUGUAACUGCUAUCGCUGUCCUACUUGCUGUGAACACUCUUGUUUUCCCGGAGUUCUCUAGUAGCUUCCUGGGAAUCACCACUAUUGAGACCCUUGGCGAAACUGUUGGAGCUUUGCGGGAUGCUGGGCGCUACUUCAUUGCCAGUGCCGAAGGUUCUGAAAUUGCAAUCACAGAUACUAAAUUAGAAAACAUCACAAGUGCCUCUGGAAGCGAAAAUGGUGCAGACCUUGAUAGACCUCCGACUCUCGCCGAAAGGCUUCCCGAAAAGUCUAACAUCAACCACUUGACUUUGAGGCAAAAACUACUUUCUCUUUUCCACAAGACUAAAGAAACUCCGGAAACGCCUCCAACAGACGUCGACAAAGGACCCCAACCAGUGAAGCUCAAAUCACUGACCGACAAAAAGGCCCAACUACGUGCUAAAUUAGCAGGAUGUAAGGCAGCCCAACAAGAAUGUAAUUUUGAGCUUGCUUGGGCGGUCAUACCACCGAGAGAUGUGAAACCCAUCAGUGAUAUUGAAAUGAAGAAACUUGUGGCUAACACCAUUGCUCUUAUUUGUGCCUGUGAAAGCAAGUAUGCAUUAAUGGGUGACGUUGAUGACAAGAAAGAGGCAGAAACUAAGAAUGAACAGCAGCUCAAAUCAGUGGCUGAAGAUGCUGGAAUCGAGAAUCCAGAUACAGAGGACUCGUCAAGAGCAGCGACAGACAUGGACACACACGAUGACUCAAGUUCAGAUGGGAAGAAACCUUCCAGAAAAGAAAGGCGCAAACAAAAGAAGAAGAGAAGGAAGGAUAGGAAAAAGGUCAAGUCAUUGAUUGAAAAGGAGAUGGACAACCUGGAGUUGAUUAAGCCGAGAAAAGAAAUCGAGUAUGGCGAUAUUGAUUUGUUGAAGUAUCUUGUGCAACGUAUUGCAAAGCCAUUGUCAACUCUUCAAGAAAACAUUGAUAGAAGUGUUGAUGUCGUUUCUUCUUCUCUCGCCUAUUGCUACGAUGUCCCGAAACUACCGUCAGGCACUCAGGCGCCCGCUGGUAUUCAACUCGAAGAGAUUGACAUUCGAGUCGACAUUCUGGUUGAUGCGAUAGCAGAGUUUGAUAGAACCUCAGCCUCAGCAUUGGAAAAUGCUGCCGUGCUACACGAUCUUGGCGGACCGCAAGUUGAUUUGAUGCCUCGAAUGGAGACAUUCCUAAUUUCCUCGUUCUUGUUGAAUCUUCGGCAAGCCGCCCUACAUACACUUGGAAUGCUUAGACAUUCUCGGGUUCUAGUUGAAAGACGACAGGAACGACACGACCGAAAAAGAAUUUAUCUUCCACAAAUCAAUUGGAGAAAGUGGCUUCAGUCUGGUGGUGAAGCGGAUAUGUUAGCCUUACCGGACAGUGCACGAAAAGACGCAAGAACAGGCAAGAAGAAGGACACUGAUGCGGGCGAUGCUGCAAGUAUUGAUAGUGGAGAAACACUGCUAGCGAAAAAGGAUGUGGAGUCAGCAACGCCCAAAAAGGAACCCCCGACACCAUCAUCCAAAGCUACAGAUAAAACUGUAAAACGAAAGAAAAAGGGAACGCGCAUGUUCCGACUGCGAAAUGAGUUAGCCGACGCGAUUGAAUACUUGGUUGGUAGCGACGACAUAUCAUACGCUGUCAAGUUGACUGUUGCCGUCUUUCUUGUAACUUGGCCGGCUUUUCUUGUUCAGUGGAAUACUUGGUAUUCUUUGAACAGAGGCCUUUGGGCUGCUCUGCAACUGGUCCUCAUCACAGAAGUUGCUAUUGGAACCUCUGUUAUGACUUUUAUGUUGCGAGGUGUCGGUACAACAAUAGGUUGUAUAUGGGGGUAUGCCGCUUUUCAGGCUCAUGGGGGCAACAGAAUAGUAGCUGUGGUGAUGAUCGUUAUUGGCAUCAUUCCAUCCACUUACAUACAACUCGGGUCUAAAUACAUCAAAGCAGGGAUGGUCACAAUCAUCUCAAUGUCGAUUGUAGUUCUUGCGACUGAAGAUCAUACCGUUCCUGGUUCAGCUACCGAGAAUUUCUUGAAACGACUGAUUGCCUUCUUCAUUGGUGGUGUUGUGGCUCUCAUCGUAGAAGUCGCGCUAUUUCCAGUCAAAGCACGUGAUCGUCUUGUAGAAUCUCUCGCCUGUUCUAUACGACAAAUCACGGAAAUGGAAGCCUGUCUAGCAUAUGGUAUCGAAACUGAAAUCAAUAACGUUAAUGUACGCUCUCCAGCUGUCAUAUCCCGCUUUUCCAUCGCCAAGGGAAAGGCCGAAGCCGCAUUAGCAGCCGCAGAAACCUUCCUUCCAUUCUGCGCCAAUGAGCCACGUCUCAAAGGUUCCUUCGCACCUCAUGCUCUUAUCUACAGCGAAAUUCUUUACGUAUUACACGCUAUUGUAGAUCGAAUGGAGAAUAUGCUUAUCCUACGUCACGAAUAUGGAUCUGGUGUGCUCGAAGAACUCAAUGCACAAGUUUACCCCUAUCGGCGUAACGUUGCUGGAUCCAUAACGCUGAUUCUUUUUGCCACUCACGAGGCGCUUACGACAAAACUUCCUCUUCCUCAAUUCUUGCCAUCCGCUCGUCUUGCCCAUCUGCGCAUGAUAAACCGUGUCCGGGAAGUCGUUAUUUCCUCUUCAGGCCAUGUCAAAGACUCUUCUCACGAACGAUCAGAAAUUGAAGUCUCGAUGGUCAAAAGAUUCGUUCGGCAAAAAUUUCUAUCUUGGAAUGCGGCUUCCGCUGGUCAAAUUGAAGUCAUCGAAUACUUGGAAGAACUCAUUGAUCUUGUCAAGCUAUUGGUGGGAGCAAAUGAGUUUAGGAGCGGACUAUUGACGAGAGGCAGUUAUAGGGAGUGGGUUGAUAAGAUUCAAAGACCUGACACGGUAGAAUCGGAAAUGAUACCAGCUGAUGGAACUGUGGAGGAAGCCCAACCACAGAUGAUAUCGACGAGAAAGCGGAGACCAACAUUUAGCAGUACGAAAGAGAAAAUAUUCGGGCCUAGUCUUGGAAAUGCCAGUACUGCACGACCUGAUACUGCAAGGCCUAGUACUGGGGCCAAGUCUGUGAUGAUGGAUAAAUCGGAGCUGGAAAAACAGAAGAAGGAUAUGGAAGAGGAAUUACCAAGGGUUCUGCAGAGGGUUCGCACGAGGAGAAUGAGUGAGAUGAAGGGUUUUGGGGAAAGGAAGAGUAAGGAAGACAUGAAUAGUGGCAAUGCUGGAAAGGGUAAAGGAAGAGGAAAAUGA